AGGUUACUUUGCGUUUGACCUUCAUAUCAUCAAAAGCUCUUCAAAUAAUUGUUCUGAACUACAAAACAGUAUACCAAUCGUUUGCCCAUUCGUCAUACGUUGUUCACUUUAAUCAUUGUGCGGAGAUUAGGAUUUAGGAAUUAAAUACUUUUGUCAUUGGUGUAUAUUGAUUGGGGAAUUAGAAUGGGGAAAGCGAGCAAGGUUUGGGAGUAUUUCGCUAAGACGUCAGAUUCUAGUGUCAAGUGUAAACUGUGCGAUAUAGUUUAUAAGUACACGGGAGGAUCCACAACGACGAUGAAUAGUCAUCUUGUAAAGAAACACCCGAACACCGUUACUGCGCCUGAUCAACGCCAAGGACCUAUAACCUCCUUCUUCAAGACCCCACCUACACCAAGGAGGAGUGAAGAAAUAACGGAAUGCAUAGUAUCAUUAGUUGCGAAAGACGGGCUACCCAUAAGUUGUGUAGAGGGAGAGGGGCUCCGGGGGCUCAUUCGAACCCUUGAGCCAGGUUACACAAUGCCCACCAGGCGUACCGUUACAAAUAGACUGAAGGCGUUAUACGACGUGAAGAGGAAUAGUGUCCGCGAGUUGCUUGGAGAGGUGCCCUCUGUUGCCUUGACAACAGAUUGUUGGACCAGUGUUGGUACUAAAGACUACAUGACUGUGACCGCCCAUGCCAUUGGCGACAGGUGGCAGAGGCGAAACUUUAUUUUGGAAACAAAACCCGUAAGGGGCAUUGAAGACGAGGACGAGCCUCAGCGCCACACGACACAAGCCCUGCAAAAUCAGCUCAGGCGUGUGACAGAAGAGUGGGGCCUUAUGAACAAAGUUGUUGGAGUCGUGCAUGACAACGCUGCCAACGUACGUCGAGUUGGGGAGGGAAUCCUGGCUAAUGACAUCGGCUGUGCAGCACAUACACUGCAAUUAUGUAUUAACUCUGCAUUAAACUCAGUUCCGAGUAUCAGGAGCAUGUCUGCUGCCGCAACGAGGCUGGUUGGCCAUUUUAAGCACUCUGUCAUCGCAACCAACGCCCUGGAGUCUGAACAGAGGCAGAUGGGGAUAGAAGAACAUAAACUGAUUCAGGCAGUCAAAACUCGAUGGAACUCAACAUUUGACAUGUUGCGUCGCCUGAAAGAGCAGAGAUGGGCAGUUUGUCGAGUAUUGAGUAACCGGCGUUACACCAAUCAAACGGAUGCCCGGACAUUAGAAUUAACAGACCAUCAGUGGCGAUUGCUAGAGGGUCUCCUCGACAGCCUGGAACCGUUCAAGGUCGCAACUACUGUCCUGUCAGGGGAAGAGCAUACAACAUCGUCAGUUGUGGGGCCGUUUAUGGCUGGCAUCCUCGAUCAUCAUCUCACCAUUGGAGAAGACGACUUACCUGGUGUACAAUCCUUCAAACGGAAAGCUGCUGAUGAGCUGACUCGACGAUUUGAUCUAUGUCCGGCAACAGAUCGUGGAACGGCAGAGGCCUCUCCAAUAACGCCCACCCUGAAAGCAUCUGCUCUAGACCCAAGACACAAGAGAAUGUCGUUUGUUGCCGAUUCUACACGCGAAGCUGUUAUUUCCGCGAUCCGAGAAGAACUACCCCCGCCCGUACCCAAACGACGAAGGGCAGAUGGACGAGAUGAAGAUCAACCUUCUACUUCCGCUCUUGACUUUCUGCUCACCGGAACGAAGGAAGCAGCAGACGACAGAGGCGAGGAAGAAGCGGAAGUCGUCGACGAAGUAGAUGCGUAUCUCCAGCGACCUGCUCCACCCCGAGCUACGGAUCCGCUACUAUGGUGGAGAGACAACGAGGACGCACAUCCACGCGUUGCACAGUUGGCGAAGAAGUACUUAACAUUACCAGCGACUUCUGUUCCGUCGGAAAGAGUGUUUUCUUCUGCUGGGAACAUAGUAAACAAGAAGCGAUCAUGCUUGGAACCAGAAAAUGUAGACAUGUUGGUGUUCUUGAAGGGCAACCUGAAAGAAUAGAAGCCGAGUAGCAUGAAGUGGAAGUGACUAAUAGGACAUUAAUCUAAUCGGUACAUGACAUGCGUGAAUUAUAGAAAGUCUAAGAAAAACCACCAAGAAGCUCAUCUUAUAGACUCAUCUGAUCAUUGGCCUAUUGUUGACUAUUCGAUCUUGCCCAAGUACGAACUUGCCAUUAAAAACUCUGUACAUGAAUACUAGACACUUGUCAUUUUAUUCACUGUUUAACAUUUAUAUUAAUGCCUGAUACCUGCUCACCUGAAUCUGAUACGUUUUAAAGUCUGUGUAAGAUACAGUUUUUUUUGUGUGUUAUUUUUAACGUUCAUCUGCUGGUUUGCAUUUGGUUUCUUGGAUUGUCUUCACUUUUUCAGUAUUAUAUUCAUUCUAAGCUUAAUUCAUUCUUUCAGCAAUGUAUGGCACAUGGUAUUUAUGUUUCUCUUAUAUCUUUUGUUUAAAUUUCAUGUCAAGCUUGUUGUUUUAAGUAUAGCUAUUAUUUAUUGACGCUAUUUUAUUUCCGUAUCCUCAAAUGGUUUUCUUAACAACUUGGGUUUAGUAAAAAGAAAAUUAAAAAAAAACCUAAGUAACUUUGAGAAAGAACUUAAACAGUAAAAAUAAGAAAGUAAUCUAUUCUUAAGUAAGUUCAGUAUACUUAACGUUUUAAGUUGUUGCGUUGUAUCAAGGGGUGCCGGUAACUCCUAUUUAGUAACUCGUUGUUCUGCCAUUCAGUGAGUAAGGAAGUUGUUGGUCAUUUAUGUUGCCUACUUCCCAUAUUGUUGAUUCACUCAUUCCAUGUAUUUCAACUUUUGAAGACUAACUGACGAGUUUAAAUAAUUUGAAGAGGGGU